CGUUGAGCAAAAGCUGGUCCGAAAGCAUUCCCUAAAACGUUACAGUGACGAUACAACCCAAGCCUUUUCUAGUGAUUUUCUCCCCUCCUAAGUUUGUAAAAAAAAUGCAGUGGUUUGUUAGAACGGUGUUCGUACUGGCGCUUACAAGCUCCGUGUUGGCAAGGAAAAGCAAUUACUGGUGGAUGUUCCCUAAUUUUGACGAGAAUGCUUCAAAGAACCGUGACAGUUUGGUGGCAAAUGUAACCCAAGAUGAUCUUCGCAACGGAACAGACGGACAAGCAGCUAACCUAACUACAAUAGUGGAAGAAGCUGACUUCAAUUUACCUACCGACGUCGACAGUAAUGAAGAUUAUCUGGAUAAAAAUGAAGACAUUGGCAGCUCGGUAUUUCCCGUUGAAGAUUUAGAUCGGGAUAACAAAACGCAAACGGUCACAGCAAACGAGAACAUUUAUGACCAGUAUAGCGACGAAGAUAUAGACUGGAUUGUAGAUAAAGAGAACCAAACUGACGCCAAAACAUUUAUGCUUGGGGACACCUUGGAAGCAGAUAACGAAACGAAAAUUGAGCAAGAAAAUCCUUCAAGUCUCGAAAAGCUGGAGAUGGCGGAACUUUAUACUGACCUAAUGAAUGAAGAAGAUGAGGCCGUUCACGUUGAAGGUGAUGCCCAUCCAUCAUCCAAAUUAGAAGAGAUGGAAAGGAAUGACGAACAAAAUGCUUUCAGCGGAGACGGUGAGCUGCAAGAGGAAAAGGCUGAAAUCGAUGAACCUGAGCAAAUCUUUAAAGAGCAAGACAAAGCUGUUCACGAAGAAGGGGAUGUUCAUCCCUCUUCCAAAAUAGAACUAGAGGAGAUGUUAGAGACUGAAGACGUCGAAGAUUUCGAUUUUCCUCCCGACGAAAAGGAUGAACCUGUUCAUGAAAAUGGAGACGCGCAUCCAUCUUCUGAAUUUGAAAUGGACGAGAAUAACGAUAAUACUGAGGAACUUGAAGAUCCAGACUUUGCGGAAGAAAUUAGUUUGUCAGAGGGCGAAGUCAUUCCGGAAGAAAUCAAAUCCUCCAAUGGAACUGAUGAUGACCAAGACCUUAACUCUAACAACAAUGAAGAAAUCAAUAGCACUUCGUCUGAGGAAUCACAAGAAAACCACGAAGAGAAUCCAAUUAAAGAAAAUUCUGAACUUUUGGAAAACGGUACUAGUGACGAUUUAGAUUUAGAGCUUUCAAGAGAAGAUGUGCUGGAGAAAGAUGAGGAAAAGGAAGCUGAGAUCGCACUUAAACAGAUGCAAGACGUUGAAAGAAAUGCACCCAUUGUUGGCGAAGGAGAAAAUAUUGAUGAUGAGGACGAAAUACAACCCGUAAAGAAUAACGAACCGAUUGAUUCAGAUUACGAGGAUGCCACUUUACAUUGGGUAGAUGAAGAACUGCUAAAUAUGGAGAGCUCAGCUGUUGCUAAUAAAAGUUCUUACGACGCUAUAAUUUCAGAAGUAGACGAUACAUCGGCAGGGGUUCCGAUUGCCCCCAUUUUCAAAACUCCGCUAUGCAGUUUUAACACCCGACCAUAUAACUUGACAGUUCUACCUGUGAAUUCCAUAAGUGAAAUGCACGGUACGGAUGUGUCACUUCUUUGCAAAUUAGUACCAUACAACGCAUCAGAAAUGCUGCCAUAUUUCCGCCUAACAUGGCUUUUCGAAAAAGAAGGAUGUCAGAAAGAUGCAUCGGACAAACAUGCCUGUACAACAGUUCUCACAUCCAAAAACUAUGAAUCGUCUAACUCUUCCAAUACAUUAUCGUACGGUUUGACAAAGUUAAACCAUACGAUACACACGGGCCUAUACAUUUGUGAUGCAGAAAUCUACGGGUGCCAGUCUCAAAACCAGAAUGCAACGCAAACCAGCCAAGCUCUCUACCUGACAGUUUACACCAAACCCAAUUAUGGAUUCCACAUUGGUAUUAUCUCUUCGGUCUGUGUUCUUUUGCUGGCAAUUCUGGCUGGGCUGGUGAGUUACGCUCGCCGAGUUCAAAAGCAAUCAAAGAACCGCUAUCAAGAAUUGCUUUCAUCGGCAGAUAUUCAAUAUUAUCCUUCUAAAGUUUUGGAACUUCCCAAUUCUGUUUACAACACUACAACAACAGGAUUCGUAAGGAUGAGCGCCAGUAGCUUUUCGAGUAAAUCAAGCUUUACAAGCAAUGAAGACGCCUGAUUCAGAACUUAAUGGUUUUUAUAUGUUGGCUUAGCCUUAAGCACUCAAUAACCAAAAGCUAAUGGGAAUAGUAAUUAAGAAAUUUACCUUUCAUGGUUAGAAAUUUGUCUUCCAUUUUUCCUCAUACUUUUCCAGGGUUAAAUUUUUUUCAAUGAGCUGGGGAAUGAACUUUCCAUUUUCAGAUUGUGAUUGUAGGAUCCACCAUAAAAUUUUUUCAUGUAUUCUUCAUACACUGGAUAUGCCUGUGACAAAAACAAUUAUAAGCCAACAGAUCAUACAGAAAAA